AUGAAGAUGAAGAUGAUGAUGAUGAUGAUGAUGAAGGCAGUGUUGGCUGGGUGUGUGAUUAUCUGUGUGUUUUCCGGCCGCGGUGUGUGUUUCUCUCGUGGAGCGAGUGUCUCAUCGUGUGUGAACAUGAAGCCCGGACACAUCAGCUCCUUUCCACAACACACACGCACACACUCCUCCGUCACCAUACACACCAGCCGAUCAGUGUACCUGCCACAACACACACUCACAGUAACGGUUCAGAGCUCGCGGGCGUUUAUGGGGUUUCUGAUGCAGGCUCGCUCUGUUCUGGAGGACCGGGUCGUCGGGGGCAAGUUCACACUCCACCCGCCCAGCACACACACACUGUCCUGCCUCGGCACGGACGACACCGUCACACACUCAGACAAAACGCUCAAGAGGAACUUGUCCUUCAGCUGGAGGGCCCCGACACAACCCAGCGGAGACCUGCGCUUUUACAUCACGCUGGUUCAGUCCUAUUUUGUGUCCUGGUCGCGAAUCAGAUCACCAGUGGUGCAUGAUGGGACACGUAGUUCGCAGAUCACUGACAGAGUAACAAGUCAGCCGACAGGCUCAAUACCGGAACAAACAGGCAAACACACAUCCCUGUCUAAAUACACAACCACAUCUACCAACACACUCUCACACACAACCCCUUCUGUUAAUACUCACACAAACACACAAUUAGUAAACGACACUCAAACAUCUCUAUUCUCGUUUAGACACACAUCUACACACACUAACACAUAUGCACCAUAUAACACAAACACCAACACAAUCUCAACAUAUAGCACACACACAACCCCUUCUGUUAAUACACACACAAACACACAAUCACUAAACAUCACUCAAACAUCUCUAUCCUCGUAUAAACACACAUCUACACGAACUUUCCCAAGAACAUCUACAUCUCACAGCUCUACAAACGCUAAAAUAGACACAAACACACACAAAACUACACAAACACACACUGUCCCAAAUAUACUAUCACAGACCCACAGUGCAGAUACACAUGCAUCCAUACAACAAACACACACUGUCCCGAAUCUACUAUCACAGACCCACACCCCAGAUACACAUGCAUCCAUGCAACAAACACACACUGUCCCGAAUAUACUAUCACAGACCCACACCCCAGAUACACAUGCAUCCAUGCAACAAACACACACUGUCCCGAAUAUACUAUCACAGACCCACAGUGCAGAUACACAUGCAUCCAUGCAACAAACACACACUGUCCCGAAUAUACUAUCACAGACCCACAGCGCAGAUACACAUGCAUCCAUGCAACAAACACACACUGUCCCGAAUAUACUAUCACAGACCCACAGCGCAGAUACACAUGCAUCCAUACAACAAACACACACUGUCCCGAAUAUACUACCACAGACCCACAGCGCAGAUACACAUGCAUCCAUACAACAAACACACACUGUCCCGAAUAUACUAUCACAGACCCACAGCACAGAUACACAUGCAUCCAUGCAACAAACACACACUGUCCCGAAUAUACUAUCACAGACCCACACCCCAGAUACACAGGCAUCCAUACAACAAACACACACAUAUACGCCUUCCGUACACACUCACAACACACAGAUCUUCACAGCAUCACUUCAUCCCGAAGCUCUCCGUCGAUCCCUCUCCAAUUUUUUCCCAUCCUGGGAGCCAACAGAGGGCGCCGUCUCUCUGACCCCUCGCAAGAAAGACACUUCAGAUCUGUUUAGAGAUGUUCUCAAACCCCCCAAACACACUAAAAACACGCCUGGAGUCCCGGAGAGAGGGAAUGAGACACCGGAGCACAUUCCCGGGAAGAGCACAUCCGAACUGGGCCUGUUACUGGGCCUGUCAGGCGCACUGGGAAUGGCCGUGGCCGUGGGUCUCCGGUACCUUCAGAGAAAACACUGCCGCAAGCGAACCGCCGUGUCGCUCAACGACUGUAACCAUGAAGACCGAGGCAUCAUCCACGUUCAGGAGUGUGGAGACCUGGUGCAGGUGCGCAAAAUACGCCAAAACAGCUUCCUCGUGCUCCAGGCCGAGUACAACCUCAUAACACCGUCCGGAAACUGAACAGGCAUAGGCUACUAAAUACUGUCUCUUAUUCCC